UCUCGCCUGAAGAGGUCAUUCUGGCUUCAGUUGCCACUUGUUGCCAAAACCUCCGUACUUCAAGACUCACCUUGUUCUCAUUUUUAAUCGAAUUAUAUCCUCGCAAUCGGGAGGCAGAUCUCGAUGUUGAAACAGGAAUACACCCACAUCUAACAUUUGAAUACUCGUGAACAAUUUGGCAUUUCGUUACAUCUGAACUGGACAAGCAUGGUUGAUAACGCCAGUAUAGCAACGAAAUCCGCACUGCAAGCCGCUUUCUGCUCGGCGAGCACCCUUCCGCAGUUAGUAUCCACUGCGUCCACUCAUAGCCACUACUCCGGCUCGCAGUCCCAUCAGUCCGGCACCGGGGGCAUGAAGUUGGAGGCGGUCAUGGAAAACCUCCAGCGACAGCAGGCUGCCCGCCUCGCUCUGGAAGAGAAGCUCCGGCAGGCAGAGAAAGAGAAAGACCUCAGGUCAAUGGUGGAGUCCCAGAUUCAGCAGCAAGCUAUAGCUUUCCGUCACUAUCAGGCAGCAGUCCGGGGCGCUUUCUCCGCAGGAGUAACCGAUUCGUCCUCGGGGGCAAGCUCAGCGGAAAGGAAGCUUGCCCAUCACACUGUACCCAGGCACGAUGAGGCAGCGGACGACUCCGAUAUGGACGAUGAACUAGAGGGUGAACGCGGCAUGCCAGAUGACGAUCGGGAUCUUGAGGAAGAUGAAAUGGAAAAUGAGGGAGUCGUGGACGAAGACAUGGAGGGAGCCUUGACGCACUAUCAGUCCCGCCACUCGCUGCUCAGUGCAGCGGGGCAGUCCCCAAAGAGUAACGCCGUACAUGUGCUCUCCAGGGUCGGCCAGCCCUCGUAUCCGGCCCCGAGGCAAUCCGAAUCCCCAGGUGAAGUGGCACCGCACGGACAAUCUCAGCACCACGACUGGACUUACGAGGAACAGUUCAAACAAUCAGGAAAAGUCAGCGGGCCAGAGAGGAAGCUGGGAAAUUCAAGUUUCGGUAUCGGUGGUGGCUCCUCAUCUCUGAUUCAGGAGUUGUAUGAGCUGGAUGAUGAUGAGAAACGGAAGGAGUUCCUUGAUGACCUCUUCAGUUUUAUGCAGAAGAGAGGGACUCCAGUGAAUCGGAUUCCUAUCAUGGCCAAGCAGGUGUUGGACCUCUACACUCUCUACAAGCUUGUCACAGAAAAAGGCGGCUUAGUGGAGGUCAUCAAUAAGAAAAUAUGGCGCGAGAUCACCAAGGGCCUAAACCUCCCUACCUCUAUCACCAGUGCAGCUUUCACCCUCCGAACACAGUAUAUGAAGUACCUUUAUCCUUACGAAUGUGAAAAGAGGGGGCUGAGCUCCCCGGGCGAGCUUCAGGCAGCUAUCGACAGUAACCGGAGGGAGGGGCGCAGGCAGAGCUACGGCUCGGCCAUGUUCAACUACUCCCCCGUGGGGACGCCCACCAUCCUCUCCUCGCCCAAGAUCCAGAUGCCCCACAUCUCCAUGCCAACCCCCAACGGCAGCCACAUCACCCAGGCGUCGGCCAUCAAGAAAGAAGACUCCAUGCUGUCCAGCUGCAUGACCAACCGGAUGUCCAUCCCCGCCUCGCUGGCCGGGCACCACGUGGCGGCGGCCCAGGCAGUGGCGGCCCAGGCGGCGGCUGCGCAGGCGGCUGCAGCCGCGCAGGCGGUGGCCCUGGAGCAGCUGCGGGAGAAGCUGGAGUCCGGCGAGCCCCCGGAGAAGAAGAUGAUGCUCAUGGCUGAAGAGCAGCAGAGGAUAAUGCAGCACGCCCUCCAGCAGAACCUUUUCGCCAUGGCAACCCAGCUGCCCAUGAACAUCAAGCUCAACAACAGAGAUGAUAGACAAGAGACUGCAUUGAACCUGUCUACCAACGGCAUUAGCAGCAUCAACAUGUCAAUAGAAAUAAAUGGAGUUGUCUACACAGGUGUCCUGUUUGCUCGGAAGCCAGCCAUUCCAAUGAUGCCAGGAAACAACAGGAGCAGCCACCACAGCUCUCAGGGAAAGACCAGCCCGGGGCCGUCUGCGCACAUCCAACCGUCCUCCUCUUCCUCCUCCUCCUCCUCCUCUUCCUCCUCCUCAGCUCACAGAGAGGCCACUAGCAACUCCUCCCCGUGAGCGAUCUCCUCGCCCCCGCCCAGCAAACCGCUCCUCCAAUCUAAACACGCCAAGCAG